UUAAAAAUUGAAGAAUAUGAAUCGAUUAUAAAUAAAAAAUUACAGAAUAAAAAAAGAUUAGAAGCACAAAGAAAUGAAUUAAAUGCUAGAGUUCGUGAAUUAUGUGAUGAAAUACAAUAUUUAUUAGAAGCUGCUUCUUAUGUAGGUGAAAUUGUAAAACCAAUGGGAAAAAAUAAAGUAUUAGUAAAAAUAAAUCCUGAAGGAAAAUAUGUUGUAGAUAUUGCUAGACAUAUAAAUAUAUCUCACUGUACUCCGAAUACAAGAGUUGCAUUAUAUAAUGAUUCAUAUAAAUUACAUAAAAUCUUACCUAGUAAAGUAGAUCCUUUGGUUUCUCUAAUGAAAGUUGAAAAGGUUCCUGAUUCUACUUAUGAAAUGGUAGGAGGAUUAGAUCAACAAGUUAAAGAAGUAAAAGAAGUCAUCGAAUUACCCGUAAAACAUCCUGAAAUUUUCGAAUCUUUAGGUAUAUCACAACCUAAAGGAGUAUUAUUAUAUGGACCUCCAGGAACAGGAAAAACAUUAUUAGCAAGAGCAGUAGCACAUCAUACAGAUUGUACCUUUAUUAGAGUUUCAGGUUCUGAAUUAGUACAGAAAUAUAUAGGUGAAGGAUCACGUAUGGUUAGAGAAUUAUUUGUUAUGGCUAGAGAACAUGCACCUUCUAUUAUUUUUAUGGAUGAAAUCGAUUCAAUUGGAAGCCAAAGAAUUGAAGGAGAACAUGGUGAUUCAGAAGUACAAAGAACAAUGAUGGAAUUGUUAAACCAACUAGAUGGUUUUGAAUCGACACAAAAUAUUAAAGUUAUCAUGUGCACCAAUCGUAUUGAUAUACUAGAUGAAGCUCUAUUAAGACCUGGACGUAUAGACAGAAAAAUCGAAUUCCCAAAUCCAAAUGUAGAAGCACGUAUGGAGAUAUUAAAAAUACAUAGCAGAAAAAUGAACCUAAUGAGAGGUAUAGAUAUGCUCAAAAUAGCAACCGAUAUGAAUAAUUGUUCAGGUGCUGAGGUAAAAGCUGUUUGUACAGAAGCUGGAAUGUUUGCCUUAAGAGAAAGAAGAGUACAUGUAACACAGGAAGAUUUCGAAAUGGCUGUUGCUAAGGUUAUGAAGCAAGACGCAGAGAAAAAUUUUACUCUUAGAAAAUUAUGGAAAUGA